AGCGUCUCCUCUUGGCAAUUUAAAUAGAUGAAUAGAGUUGCUGUCCAGUCCGAGGACUAAAAGUGGAUACGGCGAAUCGAUGGACACACAAUUGUGACAAAGGAAGAAAGCAAGUGCAUCAUGUCUGCUUGGCGUCGUCAUGUGUAGUUCCUCGCUCGCAGAUCGGAGAGUUUCCUCAACUAUUCCCGUCUCCGUUCACCAUCUCCAUGUCCUGCCGUCUUGCCUUGUUUGGUGUGCAGCUGCAGCGGCUGCAGCAUGUCUGAGCUGUGAGCACACUAGUGCUGGGAAUCCUGAACAAUCCUGCACAUCUCAAACUUCUCCCGGAGGGAGGACACACACGCGAAGGAACCUUCAGGCCCAAGCCAGCCUCCCGUCAGCAUGGUGAACAGCCAGGUGAACAGCCAGGUGAACAGCCAGGUGAACAGCCAGGUGAACAGCCAGGUGAACAGCCAGGUGAACAGCCAGGUGAACAGCCAGCUGCCGGGCGUCCAGACGCCCCGGUCCUGUGCAGGAUGUGGGGGCAGGAUCUCAGAGCGUUUCCUGCUCUUCUCCAUGGAGCGGUACUGGCACACGCGCUGCCUGCGCUGCUCCUGCUGCCAGGCCCGGCUGGGCGACAUCGGCACCACCUGCUACCACAAAGGGGGCAUGAUUCUCUGUCGCAGCGAUUACAUUAGACUGUUUGGACACAGCGGGGCGUGCAGCUCCUGCGGCCAGUCCAUCCCAGCUAAUGAAAUGGUGAUGAGGACACAGGGAAAUGUUUACCACCUCAAGUGUUUCAGCUGUUCCACCUGUAGGAACCGGCUCGUGCCAGGGGACCGCUUCCAUUACGUCAACGGUACCAUAUUCUGUGAACACGACAGGCCAGGCGCUGCCUUGCUCAACAGCCAUCUGCCUCCGCUGCAGAGCAGCUCUGUGCUGACAAACCAGAAGGUGUGCUGAGUGAUUCCCUCCUCGUCCACACCGUCUUCACUCGUCCGUCUCUCCUGCCAUCCUUGCUGUAAGCCUCAUUACUCCACCUGCCUUCACCUGAGAAGACGCAGCGCUCCAGCCCAGAUACGCCGUCCCUGACUACAUCUGGAUUUAUUCAGCGCCGGCUCUUGGUUUGGGACUGAGUCUGAUGUUAAAGUGGUCUGUGCAACAGAAAGACUUAACUGCUCUGCUCUACAUUUAAACAUGUUCCUUCAGGACUGAGCAGCCAGAAGAAAGUGGUGCUGAUGAAAAUCCCUGGAACUUUGAUCAGAGUAUAACGGAUGCCUUUAAACAUUUGAUGGACUACCGUGAAAUGUUUCGCACUAUAAUGUUUUUUGGGAUUAUUUCUCCUGAGUGCUUUUUUUUUUUUUAGCUAAUUCCUGAAAAGGACAUAUAUAAUAUUUCUAAGUUUCAGGUUAAGUAUUGUCAGUCUUAGCAGAACAUUUGAAUAAAAUUAAAAAAAAAUAAAACACUUUUGGGAUCAUUCAAAUAAAAAGAACAACAAAUGAUCUCUGCUUACUGGUUUGUCACGUGCACAAAGAAGAAGGGAAACCAUCCAUUGAUCGACUGUCAUCUUAUGUUUGUUCUGUAUAAUUUAAUUUCUUUUAUCAGACGUCUAUUUUGUUUCAAGGAAAAGAAAUGUGUAAAUAAAAA